GGUGCAAUGAGUGUGCCUGAAUACGAAACUGGUACAGUGGAUGCUGUUGCCGAUGCCGACGAGGUGGUUGUUUGCCGUUCGCAACACUGAGACCAGAGUAAGGUACCCAAGGAAGGAGGGCAAGUCAGUCACUUUACGUUGUACUACAUUACUCACACCUUUAAAGGCGGAAAGUCAACGGAUUCAAAAGCACAACUUCCCGGGAAUAUCUAACGGAUACAGAAAUCCAGUCACUGAAAUGGAUAUAAUUUAACGGGAGAGUUGGACUUCAAUAUUGUCUGCAGACAAGCAAGGGGAUCGUCUUGGAUUUUGUGCAGUUUGGGAUUCUUUCAGCGGACGCAUACCUUGGCCAAAGCAGGAACAGAUGAAUGUUUAGGACGAAGGAGCCAGAAUGAAGACCGCACGCAAGGGUUCGGACACGUCGAGAAUGGACAUUCUGCAUCGAGGAUCCACGUGGAACAGGAGGACUCUGCUGCUGCUGUACGUGGCCCUUGAACUCAUCACUGUCCACUGCUCUGCCGUGCUGGGUGCCCUGGAGCUGCAGCUGGACGAGGAGCAGCCAGCGGGCACCAUAGUGGGCGACAUCAGUGCUGGGUUGCCACCUGGCACCACAGCAUCCCUUUACUUCAUCUCCGACCAUGAAGGUACUGGGGUGGGCAGCGAUCUGGACAUAGAUGAGAAUACGGGCAUCAUAAAGACGGCGAAAGUGUUGGAUCGGGAGGUCAGGGACCGGUAUAACUUUUUUGCAGUCACAAUGACAGGAAUUGCAGUGGAGGUCAUGAUUGUGGUGAAUGACAUCAAUGACCAUGCACCGACGUUCCCCAGGAAAAGAGCCACAUUCAAAAUUCCUGAACAAACAGUAAUAGGCACUAGAUUUCCAUUGGAGCCUGCCCUUGAUGCUGAUGAGGACCAGUUGACCACACAGGGAUACCUGAUUAAGGAUGGGAAUGAUGGACAGGCUUUCCUGCUGGAGACCAAAAGAGGUUCCAACAAAGUGCUCUACCUGGACCUGGUAGUCAAUGCCAUCUUGGACAGGGAGAAGAGGUCUUCAUACACUCUCCUCUUGGAGGCUUUUGAUGGAGGAUCUCCUAAGAAGACUGGACAGAUGAUCUUAGAUGUGACAGUGCAGGAUAUCAAUGACAAUGCCCCUGUUUUCAACCAGAGCCGUUACCAUGCUACCAUUUCAGAGAACUUGCAGCCUGGUAACAAUAUUGUCCAGGUGUUUGCAUCUGAUGCUGAUGAAGGAGAUAAUGGGAUGGUUCUGUAUGAAAUAAACCGAAGGCAAAGUGAUCCUGAACGGUACUUUGUCAUUGAUCCCCGCACGGGGAUCAUCACCCUAAACAAACCCCUCGACUACGAGAUGAGGAGGGUCCAUGAACUUGUGGUGCAAGCACGGGACAAUGCCACCCAGCCCGAGGUCACCAACGCCUUUGUCACCAUUAAUGUCCGAGACUACAACGACAACCAGCCCACCAUGACGAUCAUCUUCCUCAGCGAGGAUGGUUCCCCGCGGAUCUCUGAGGGUGCCCAGCCUGGGCAGUAUGUAGCUCGUAUCUCUGUGACCGACCCGGACUAUGGGGAGUACGCCAACGUCAACGUCUCCCUAGAGGGGGGUGAAGGGAAAUUUGCUCUGACCACUAAAGACAGCAUCAUCUACCUCAUAUGUGUGGACCAGAUCCUGGACCGAGAGGAGAGGGACUCGUAUGAGCUCCGCGUCAUGGCGACAGACUCGGGUACGCCGCCCUUGCGAGCCGAGUCUUCCUUCAUCAUCCAGGUCACUGACGUCAACGACAACCCGCCUUUCUUUGACCAGCAGGUCUACACACAGGUCAUUCCUGAGGUGGUCUUUCCGGGAAGCUUUGUUUUACAGGUCACAGCCAGAGACAAAGACCAGGGGCCCAAUGGAGAUAUCCAUUACAGUAUACUUCAGGACCAUGGAACUCAUGAGGGGUGGUUUGGCAUAGAUGCCGUGACGGGUAUCAUCACCACUCUGGCCCAACUGGAUUAUGAGGCGGACCCCAAGCCCACGGUUACUGUUGUGGCUACUGACGCUGGCAAGCCCCCUUUAUCCGCCACGGCGGUGGUCAACAUCGUAUUGCAGGAUAUAAAUGACAACGAGCCUGUCUUCGAGAGAAAUUUCUACAACGUGUCCAUUAAGGAGAACACUUCUGCUGGGACCUGCUUCCUAGAGGUUACGGCGACCGACGCCGAUGGCGGUUCCUUUGGGUCGAUCUCGUACUCCCUGGGUUCCGGCAUGGGAAGCACAGCCCCGUCUCAGUUUACCAUCGGGAAAGAGACGGGCCAAAUCUGCACCUCGGUCGCUCUGGACCGAGACCAGGGACCCUCCAGCUAUGACUUCACUGUCACCGCUGUGGAUGGGGGCGGACUGAACUCUAUGGCCUAUGUGCGUGUGGACCUGCUGGACGUCAACGACAACCGGCCCACCUUCUAUCCCCUCCAAUACGCCGUCAGUCUGAGCACACAGAGCGCCCCAGGGACCUCCGUCGUCAAGGUGACGGCCAACGACCCAGACGCGGGUAUUAACGGAAGGGUGACGUACCGCACUAUUCCGGGAGGGGGCUCUCCGUUCUUCACCCUCAACAAAGACACAGGUGUCAUCUCACUCUCCCGCUCUCUACAUGGGAAGGCCAACACCGUCAUCCCCGUGGUGAUCUCGGCCCAGGACGGUAGCGGCCUGAUGGCACUCGUGAACGCUCGGGUGAACAUCAGCGUGGUGGCUGGCCUAGUGGCGCCCCCUGUGUUCGAGCAGGGUCAGUACUACUUCACCGUCACCGAGGACGCCCUGAGGGGGACUGAGGUGGGCGUGGUGCGGGCCAGCAGCAAAAGUGGGCUGCCUAAGGACAUCUCCUACACCAUCAGCUCUGGAGACCCCACAGGCUUCUUCAUGGUGGACCCCGAGACGGGAGCGCUGAGGACGGCGCGGCCGCUGGACCACGAGUCGCAGCCUCUCCUGGAGCUGGAGGUGCAGGCGCGCAGCGGCAACCCGCCGGCGUUUGGCCAGACGCGGGUGCACGUGACGGUGGCCGACGUCAACGACAACGCGCCCGUCUUCCUGCCCUCGUCGUCCGAGUCGCUGCUGGUGGCCGAGGGCACGGAGCUUGGGGCCAUCGUCUAUCGCGUGCAGGCCGAGGACCGCGACUCGGGCACCAAUGCUGCGCUGACCUUCGACCUCGACGCCGCGGCAGCCGGGCAGGCGCUGCAGCGCACGUUCAGCAUCGACCGCGGCACGGGCGAGAUCCGUCUGACUGGGCGACUGUCGUACGAGACGGCGCCGCGUCACGACCUGCACGUGACCGCGAAGGACGGCGGCGCGCCCCAGCAGAGCGCCACGAUGAUGCUGGUGGUGCACGUGCAGGCGGAGAACCAGCAAGGCCCCAUGUUCGACACGCUGACCUAUCGGGUGGAGCUGAAGGAGGGCACGCCCCUCAACACGCGCUUCCUACAAGUCCGUGCCCUCAGCCGGGACUCCGCAGGGGCGGGGUCAGGCUCAGGCUCCUCCUCCUCCUCCCCAACGCUGGCCUAUCACCUUCACCCAGACGGCGACGCUGCGGGUUUUGGGAUCGCGCCCGACAGCGGCUGGCUGUUUGUGAAGAGCGCUCUCGACCGCGAGGCUAAGGAGAUGUACCUGUUGACCGUGCUGGCUACUUCAGGCCACGGGCAGCUGAAGAAGACGGGGAGCGCGACCGUGCGCGUGGCCGUGACGGACGAGAACGACAACCCGCCACGGCUCACACAGGAUCGGGCCUUCCUGGCCGUGCGGGAGAACCUACCGGUGGGGAGCGGGUUCGGGCGCAUCUCCGCCACCGAUCGGGACGCCGGGCUCAACAGCCGCCUGAGUUACCGGCUGCUGCACUCCGACCGGCACUUCCACAUCAACUCCCAGACAGGUGAGAUCAGUACCCGCACAGCCCUGGACCGUGAGCACCAGUCCAGCUACCAGCUGGUGGUGGUGGUGCAGGAUGGAGGCACUCCUGCCCGCAGUGCCACGGGCACGGCCUUCAUUACUGUGCUGGAUGAGAACGACAACGCCCCCUCCUUCUCUCACAGUCAGCCUGGUAGAGAUAUCUACUUGCAGGUGAUGGAGGGACAGCCAUCUGGAGUGCUUAUAGGAACUAUACAGGCCAAGGACCCUGAUGAGGGCGAGAAUGGAACUGUUGUCUAUUCAAUGUCAGGUCCCCGAGCGGAGCGUUUCUCCCUCAACCCAAACACGGGCGAGCUGCGCUCCUCCUCGCCCCUCAGCCACUCGGACCGGGCAGAGUACGCCUUCACCCUCACGACCACGGACAGGGGCCUGCCCCCCCAGAGCUCCAGCUGUGGCCUGCGCAUCCAGGUUCUGAGCUCAAGCAAAGGCAAGGCCAAAGGCAACUCGCGAUCUGUAUACCUCACUUCCAUGGAGGGGGCCAAACCAGGCUCUGUCAUUGGCACAGUCAGGUCACAUGACACACGGGAACUUCCUGAGUCUGGCCAGGUGACCUACACGGUGGUUGGCGGGACAGACCGAGACGGCACGUUUGUGGUGGAUCGACUGACGGGAGACGUUUACUUAGCGCGAGAGCUGGAUUACGAACGGGACUAUCACUACACGAUACACAUUGAGGUGGUGGACUUCUCCUCCACCCUGCCCAGCAGCCACAUGGUCUUGCUUGACAUUGACGUACAAGACAGCAAUGAUCAUGCCCCACACUUCCCUGAAGACCCCGUCACCAUUGUCAUCUCUGAGAGCACAGAGCCUGGCAUGCCUGUGUACACCUUCCAGGCCGCUGAUGGCGAUGGCAGCGGACCUAACAGUGAGCUGUACUACACCAUCCAGCAGCAGGGGCCUGGAGACCCAGGGCUCCUGAACCUUGACCCCAGAACAGGGGUGCUCUCCCUGGGCCAGCCACUGGACCACGAGAUCAUCUCCUCACUGGUGAUGGUGGUGCAGGCCACGGACUCGCCCCUAAACGCCAGCCAGCGCCGCUGGGGCUCGGUGACGGCUCGUGUGUUUGUCACGGAUGAGAACGACAACGCUCCGGUCUUCACUUCGCCCUCCGUGGUCAGCGUGAUGGAGGACCAGCCGGUGGGGUUCGUGGUGCUGUACGUUAUGGCACGGGAUGCUGACCAGGGCGAAAAUGGACGCAUGUCCUACCGCAUCCAGGCCGGAGACUCAGCUGGAAAGUUCAGCAUCAACCCCAGCACUGGGUCUUUGUCCAUCCUCAAGCCCAUUGACCGAGAGGAACAGGACCUUUACAAUCUGACCGUUAUUGCCGAGGAUCAUGGGAUGCCUCAGCACUCCACCACGCAGGUGCUGUCAGUGCAGGUGAUUGACGUCAACGACAAGGUACCCUGGUUUGAGGAGAGCCAGUAUGAAGCUUUCGUCACUGAGAACCAGCCUUCGGGGUUCUCCGUGCUGGUGGCCACAGCUUCGGAUCUGGAUCAAGGGACAAAUGGCCGGGUGACCUACGGCGUGUCUGGUGAGGAUGGCUUCAGUAUCCACCCAGCGACCGGUGUCAUCUCCACCACUAAAGCUCUGGAUAGAGAGGCCCAGGAACACUACACUCUGACAGUGUAUGCCAAGGAUGGCGGACUCCCUCCAAAUUUCGCCAAAGCAACGGUCAAGAUCACAGUGUUGGAUGAGAAUGACAACAGCCCAGUUUUUGGCAGGGUGUACUACAGCCUGGAGGUCCCCGAGAACCAGGAGCCUGUAGCACUCUUCACGCUGAGAGCCACUGAUGAAGACUCGGGAGACAGCGCAGAAAUCACAUAUAAAAUCACAGAUGGAGACCCCAUGGGUGACUUCCGUCUGGAGAGAAGUACAGGACUGCUGUCCACUUCCAGAGCUUUAGACAGGGAGAGGAAGGCUAAGUACGUGCUGACUGUCACUGCCCUGGACCAGGGCGUUCCACCUUGUAGCGCUAGCACGGUCGUAGAGGUCGCUAUCCUGGAUAUCAAUGACAACAGCCCAGUCUUCCAGAGCAGUAGCUACACCAUCGAUGUCUCGGAGGACGUCCCUGAGAGCUCAGCAGUGCUGGAGGUAACCGCCAGCGAUGAUGACGAGGGCCCAAACGGCCAGGUUCGGUACUACCUCAGCCACGAGGCCCAGGGCAUGUUCUUGGUAGAUGAGCAGUCAGGUCGCAUCUUCACGGCUGGGCCUUUAGACAGAGAGAAGAGGGCCUCAUACAGCUUCCAGGUGUGGGCUUUGGACUCCGCUCCAGCGGCCCCCCGCAACUCCACCGCCCAGGUGACGGUGCACGUGCUGGACAUCAACGACAAUGCGCCCUUCUUCGUGCAGGACCCGCUCAUCAUCAAUAUCUCCAGCGCCUCAGGGCAGGGCCACCGCACCCUGGCCACCAUGCAGGCGGGAGACAAGGACUUUGGGGCCAACGGCUCCGUGUUUUACCGCUUUGCUAACCCCAUGAAGGGCUUCGCCAUCAACUCGCUGACAGGGGCCAUCCAGGCCACGGAGAACCUGCAGGGGCUAACGCAGAGCCAACGGACCCUGAUCGUGGAGGCCAUGGAUCAGGGCAGCCCGGCCCAGUCAUCAUUCGGGGUGGUGGUGGUGUACGUGCGUGAGCAGCCGUACCGCGGCAUUCGCUUCUCACGGAAUGCAAGAGACGUCAGUCUGCAGGAGAAUGCUGCCCAAGGUACUGUUGUUGUGCAGACUCAGGCCCAGUAUCCUGAUGGCUCUCGCAAUGGCAUCAGCUACAGUAUCUUCAGUGGCAACAAGCUCCAGUCCUUUGGAAUUAGUGCCAACACUGGCGAGAUCUGGGUUCAGAACUCUGUGGGUCUUGACUUUGAGGAGACGCCCAGAAUCCGUCUAGUGGUGAAAGCCGAGACCGCAUCUUCCAGCUCCUUCAUGGCUGUCAACCUGAUCCUGCAGGACGUCAAUGACAACCUGCCACGCUUCCAGCUCCAGAACUAUGUGGCGUAUGUCAGAGAGGCACAGGGCUAUGAUUACCCCAUCAUCCAGGUAAUGGCAGAUGACCUCGACCAGGGUCAGAACGGUCAGGUGACCUACUCUAUAAGGUCGUCAUCCAUGAGUGGGCUUUUCAAGAUCGACCCCGUGACCGGUAGCAUCACAACAGCUGCCAUCAUGGACAGAGAAAUCUGGACACAUACCAAGCUUGUCGUCACGGCGACCGACCGUGGGACCCCCAGGCUGGCUGGCUCGGCCACCCUCACUGUCAUCAUCGUGGACCUGAAUGACAACAGUCCCACAAUCCCCAUGCCCCGCGAGGUGCGGGUGCCAGAAAACACAAUGAUUGGCACAGUGAUUACCCAGGUAACAGGGAAUGAUGUCGACUCCGGCCCCGCCCUUUCGUAUUCCCUGCACCUUGAUUCUCAUGCCCAGGGGAAGUUUGGUAUACACCGAUAUGGGGGCGGGGUUUCCCUGACAGCCCCCCUGGACUUUGAGGAAAGGACCUGGUACACGGUGACCAUUCGCUCCUCAGACUCCCGGCAUUAUAGUGAGGCGAACCUUACAGUCCUAGUGGAAGAUGUGAAUGACAAUGCCCCCACGUUUACACAAGACCUCUACCAGGUGACAUUAGCAGAACAUUCCCCGGCUGGCAGUCCUGUCAUCACCGUGACUGCCACAGACAAGGACACUGCAGAGAAUGGAAGGAUCUCUUACAGAGUGAUGUCAUCAACAAGAGACAUUUUCUACAUUGAUCCUAACAAUGGGACACUGUUCAUCAACCAGAGAGCAGAGUUCCACUCUGAGCGUCCAUCCAUCCUUGUUGUGAUUGAGGCUCGAGAUGGAGGCAGCCCUGCUCUGAGUGCCUUCACCACCGUCGAAGUCCGCGUGUCUGACGUCAAUGACAACACUCCCAUGUUCCAGCAGUCCGAGUACAGAACCACAGUGUCUGAGGAUGAGUUUCCUGGAUCCACCAUCCUGACCUUAGAGGCUGUCGAUGGGGAUAUGUCCCGGGAAAACAGUGGAUUUGACUUCGCCAUUGCCAGUGGGAAUACCGGAAAUGCCUUUCAGAUCGAGAGCAGCGUUCGCUUCCUCGAGGGCCGGGGUUUCCAGACAGUAGGCUCACUUAUAUUGGCUGAUCGGCUAGACUUCGAAGCUUUGCCCAGCUACAACCUCACCAUUGUGGCUUCUGAUCGUGGCAUCCCCCAGCGCAGCUCCAGUGUGCCGGUCCUGAUCACUGUCAUCGAUGCUGAUGACAACCCCCCAGCCUUUAGUCGAGCAGAGUAUAGUGUGGUGCUAAGUGACAAUGCAGCGGUAGGGACUGAGGUCUUGCGCUUGUCUGCCAUUGACCCAGACUCUAACCCCAGUGGUGUAGUCAAUUACGCGAUCAGCUCUGGAGAUGACACAGCCCUCUUCACUUUAGACAAGCGGACUGGGGCAUUGCGUCUCAGGCGUUCCCUGGACAGUGAGAGGCAGUCGUCCCACAUGCUCAUAGUCCAGGCCUCAGAUGGUCAGGGUCACUUUGCCCUGGCUCCUGUCAUUGUGGAAGUCAAGGACAUUAACAAUAACAGGCCCUAUUUCCCCUUAAAGAUGCUGACCGCAAGUAUUCGUGAAAACCAACCACAGAACUCUUUGGUCACCAUGCUACAUGCUAUUGACCAAGAUACUGGAAUGUUUGGCCAGUUGAGGUAUUUCAUGAUGGACAAAUCAGGCGAUGGGAAAGACUCAUUCUUAGUCAACCAGACUUCAGGAGAAGUAAGGGCCCGAUUUACUUUUGAUUUUGAAAAGGUGAAUUCUUUCAGCUUUGUGGCUAUAGCAAUGGAUGUAGGCAACUACUCAGCGACUGUCACAGUCCAAGUUUAUGUGACUGGAGAGGACGAGUAUGACCCUGUUUUCACCUUAUCAGAUCUCGCGUUUCACGUGCCUGAGGGAACCAAGAAAGGACAGAGCAUCGGUCAGGUUCACGCAAAAGAUGAAGACAGCGGUGUGGACGGUAUUAUUCUGUACUCUCUUGCAGGAAACUCACCCUACUUUGAGGUAAACACAUCCACAGGUGUGAUAUCACUGAAAAUGGACAGUUACAGUAGACACGUGACCCGAGCAAAGAGGGAAACUCGUCAGAUGACCCUGGAUGUCAUGGCCCACAGUCCCUUGGAAACCUCACGGGUGACCACAGCGAGGCUAACAAUCGACGUCACACACACAUCUUUUGGCCUGGCCGCAGACAUGAACAUGCUGCUUAUUAGCAUUAUAGCGGUUUCCCUGGCCAUGGUCAUCAUUUUGAUUGUAAUAGCUGUGGCAUUAUUCCUGUUUCGAUCCAGACGGCGGAAGGACAGAGAGGAGCGCGAGAGGAUGUCUUCUUCUGGCACUGUAUUGCAGAAGCUCGAAGAAACUAAAGUCACAGGAAAUGAUCGAAUAUAUCACCAGACACUGCCUGGCUAUACCCCAGAACAGCAAGGCACUGGAGGGGGUCCCUACACCAGGGGUGGGUCUCUGGACCCUUCUCACUCCAGUGGACGUGGCUCUGCUGAAGCGGAAGCAGCUGAGGAUGACGAAAUUCGGAUGAUCAACGAGUACCCGCGAGUCUCCAGCAUUUCCUCCUCCAUGCAGGAGCACAUAUCUGCCCGCGGGCCUGACUCUGGGAUCCAGCAGGAUGCAGAUCAGCUCUCUGAUAUCUCCUGUGAACCAGGGAUGGAUGCCAACCAGUGGUUCAAAGGGAAAAAGCUGGGAAGCUUGAGCGGGACCCUUUUGUCCGGUCAGGUCCCAGUGUACCGGGAUGAGGGUGGUGGUUACUUGGGAGUGGGAAGGGGGCUCAGCAUCUCCCAAGCCAAAGACUAUGCUUUCCCAGGGGAUGGGAAGCCCACUGUGGAUGGCUCCCUCACAGCCAUUGUGGCUAGCGACGAGGAGCUGAGGGGCAGCUACAACUGGGACUACCUCCUGAACUGGUGCCCUCAGUUCCAACCCCUAGCCAAUGUCUUCACCGAGAUUGCCCGACUCAAAGAUGAGAGUGCUCCCCCCAACCCACGGAGGCCCUUCCAGCAGAAGACCAAGCCUGACCCCAAACCCAGGAUUGACCCUCCCCCACUUAUCACCAACGUGGCCCAUCCAGGAGCUAAAACAGUGCCUGUAAAGCCUGCAGUAGGUCGGACUUUUCCUCAGCUAGCCUCCCUACGGCGGUCACCCCUUAGCAAUGAUGGGUCAAUUUCGUCAGCAGCCAUGUCCCCAAGCUUCUCCCCAUCCCUAUCACCCCUUGCUGCUCGCUCCCCAGCCAUAUCACCCUUCGGAGUCACACAGGGGCCCCCGGCCUCCCUCAUCAGUACCACAGAGCACUCUUUAGAGCACAGUGAGGAGGCUGAGCUGAGGAUUUAGACUCUUUGGAGCCUCCUCUCUCUUAAGGACCUACCCCUACAGGAGCAGUAGCAUCGACCAAGCCCAACUUUGAGCUGCAACUCAGUGCCCCAAUAUGGAUACCUUAUCUGGUGUCUGGCCAUGUUGUUGCCUCACUGGCUGGCCAGGGAGUUGAAGGGCAUGGUGUCCAAUGUGGAUAUAUAUUUGGAAAGAGGACUAUAGACUCCAUUCUUAAAAACUUUCAAUAGACAUGCCUUUUGUUUGCACAUUGAAAUGGAGGAGCAAGCAGUGAUGUCAAUUUUUUACAUGAACACUUUUUUGUAUUAUAUAUUUUUGUACUGAUUUGUUUUUGACUAGAAAAUGACAUUCCUCUUGUCAAAAGGUUGUUAUAGCCUCUGAUUAUAUUUGUAUAUCUGUACAUUUGUGACUGUAAUCUUCGUACUGUAUGUGUUGUGUUAGCCCACAGAAUUAACAAUUGAUUCACUAAUGUUUUCUAAUAUGUUCAUGGAAGGAAGAAGCUCUUAACUUUAAUUUCAUACAUUUGGGGGAAUUUGAUGUGUGUCUCUUUUGUAAAUAUUUAUACCACUAGAGAGAUGUAUUUGCUGGAAGAACACGUAAGCUGCGUUUUGUAGUAUUGUUUGUUUGUACAUUUUCUUCUUAACCUUGGUGACGUGCUGCUUCCCUUUUUACUCUGGGUGACUCAUUCAAAACAAAACAACCUUCCCUGCCCUCAGUAGUCCAGAUAUAAAAAAAAAAAUAAAAAAAACUUCAAAUCAAAGUAUCUCAUCAAAUUAUAUUUUAAAAUAAACCAAGAGGUGCAGAAGGGACAUGGGUAGGUUUUGGUUUGUGUCUGAACUGCAGUUGGCUAAAAAAAAUGCAGGCUCUGAGUGAGCAUGCUAGAGAGAAAAAAAGGGGGGGGGGCAAGAGAGAGGAAUAGAAUGAGAGAGGGGGGGUGAGAGAGAGGUUGAAUUAUUUGAGGGGAAAGUAUGUCCAGACUCUCAUAAUUUAACUACAACACUUAAAGGCUCUUUACUUUUACAGCUAAUGGCAGCUACAUUAUGAUUGAAAGACUUUAAACUCACCAUGCCAGCAUACAGUGUGCAUAACAGCCUAUUAGCACAUGAUCGCUCAUAGUACCAAACAAAACACCACAUUCAUACUCAAAAAACAUAAAUUGGAAGUGACAUCUCUGGUUUUGAACUGUGGCCUGAUCCAUGCAAUCGAUAUCCAACACAGUCUUUGUACACAGAAAACACCAAGUUGAAGAUUUGCAGAUGCUUGGAAGGAAUCAAUUUAUCUUUUCAGUGGGAGAGAGUAUUGCAGAGGGUGGAACUGUGUUCAAGCCUCCAAUGCACAUGCGGUAGUGUAAUGAAGGUUGCGGAGUCUCCAGGCCAUGACCUGUGUAGCCAAUAGCAGAGAAGUGGAUCUUAGUUUCCCAAUGUAAUUUUUGUAAAAUGUAUUUGCCAUUUAAAAAAAAGAAAUCUAAGCCAGACAUUUCUGAUUCUGAUGAUCUAUGGGUUUUUUUGUUUAUUUUUUUACUUUUUCAAAGGGUUUGUUGGGUUUAUUGCCUUCUCAUAAAUGUGGUGCUAUAGAUUGUCCUUAAGUGAAUUCAAAGCCUGUGCCAUUUAAGUUAAAUCCUCCAUUCAGAUCCUUCUUAGGCCAUAUGUUAUCAUAGGUCAUGUUAUACCAUUGAAAUGCCUUAGGUUGUGUAAUCAGAUUUCACUGUCACUGUGGAAACAUUUUGGCUCCAUCUUUGUUUCCACUAUAAUCUUUAUAUCGCUCUUGCCAGAAAGAACAGAGAAGUUCAUUUUAGGAAGUUUCUGGAAAUGUCAGUCAAGGACCCCAUGUGUACAGUUGUAUUUAUUACUACAAAGGCUUUCUGCCAUGUACGGAAUCUGGAAAUAUAAUCGUCUUAAUAUUUCUUCUGGAAAUGAGUUACAAAAGAGUUGUAAAAACAACUGGCAGCUGUUUAAUUGUUAACAAGCAAGGUGAAAUAAAAAGUAGUGGUAAAUCCCUCAAAGAAAAAAAAUUAUAAUAAUUGGUCCAAGGUUGAAAUAACAUUUAAAGAAAGCCUGCUAUUGUCUACAUGUCUUCUUUUCAGUAUAGAAGAGCAUUCAUCUGUUCCAGCAAAAAGCUGAAUUGAUUUAAAAUUCACCUGUUUCCCCGUAAUGAAAACAAACAAAAAACAGUAACUGUGAAAUGUGUUUCAGAGUGGACUCUCUCUCUCUCCACCUCUCUCUCUCUCUCUCUCUCCCUCUCUCUCUCUCUCCCUCUCUUUCUGUUUUUCUAAAACAAAUUUUAAUACAACAAAUGUAGCAGUAUUUGAUAACUUGGACGGAGAUGUUCAUUCACUCAUGCCUUGUCGUUCGUUUCUUUUUUUCUUGUUUCUUUUUUAAUUGGAAUCCACAAUCCACUCCCAGACUGAACUCCACAAUACCCCGGUGGAGAAAAAAAAAAGUUGUUUUAUUUGUUCAAGUGCCUGAUUAAAACAUAUUUGUAAUUA